AUGAAUUUUCCAAUGAAGCGAGAAUUUGAAGAGUUUAACUCUGAAAAUAAGGAUCAAGAUAAUUCAUUUAGUGAUGCGAAUUCAGAGACUAGUGAUGUAGAGAACAAUCCAAGCGAUGAGGGAGCAAGCACAGCAUUAGAUUAUACUGAAAACACUUUGUCCUUACAUCCUGUAGCUGAUUUUAUAAAAAAAGAAUUUCUACCAGAAUUAGAUUUUGCAAAUCCAUUUAGAAAUCAAAAUUUGUCUUUUAAAGAUGGUUUCCAAAAUGCAAGAUCACCAUUCCUUUUGCCGACGCAACUUUAUAAAAGUUUCCUGGCCACUCUUGGGAAAAGAAGAAGGAAUGUGGCUGAUUGCUAUUCCUUAUAUUCACGAAAUAUGCUGUUUUCAAACAGUUUUUUGGAGACGUCUGAUGAUGAAAACAACACUGAUAGGAUCUCCAAUUCACCGGAUGAGAAGGCAGGUGCAUCAUCAGCGUUUGUGUGGAGCGGCGGGGGGGUGACCGGCGGCGGGGGGCAGGAGCAGGCACCCGCGCAGCCCGCCGCCGUGCCUACUGGUACCUCAGGCGGCGGCGGGGCGCAAGGCCUAGUGCAUUGGAUGUCGGUGAUGGCAGAACAUAUGGGAGGGGGGCACCAUGACCCCUCCCACUACGCACUACCCCCAUGGAAUAAUGGGGGUGUAGACCAUUGCCAACAAAAAGACAGUCUGGAUUACGCUGCGUGGUCCCGACCACGAGGCACGAUGACCAUCAAACAGGGCUACGAGGCGAAGAUGAGCACAGGUGAUGGAACAGUAGGUGGUCAUCAGAAAGCGGAUGAUAGGAUCGGUCAUCACCAGUCCAUGAGCCAGAUGCUGUACGGCGCGGGCCUCGGACCAGGUCGGUCGGGUUCCUCAUCCUCGUCACCAGUGGGAGGUACAAAUACCAGUGGUUUACUCGUAGUACCCCAGCCCUUGGGUAAAGGGCCUUCAAAACUGCAGCCCUUACACACCCACGCGAGAAAGUAUCACUGCAAGAUGUGUCCACAGGUA